CAAAUUGGAGCAUAUGCCAUUCAUUUCAUCCUUUCCCGCUCCCAAGAUUUUUAUUAUAAAAAAGAAAAUGUUAAAGUCACGAUAAACAAAGAAAAGAGAACUAUAAAGGUAGUGAGUGAAGAUCAGUUGCACGAGGAUGAUGAUGUAUGGGCUCACUUUGAACGCGAAUUCACAGUUCCAGAUGGUUAUGACAUGAAAAGAGUUAACUGUGAAUUUUAUAAAGAUAUGUUUCUCACUAUUGAGAUCCCAAUUAUUUCCAAAGAAAGAAACCGAGAGAUCCAUAUGAGAUAGUAAUUUCAUUCAUGUCAUCAAUAUGUACUAAUUGAUAAACUUUAAUUUUAAAUUAAAUGAAGUGAUAUUAAAUAUUGAUAUAAAAUAAUUUUUUUGGAUUUAUUAUAUAAAAUAUUUUCAAAAUAUUAUUUUACCUUAUUAAUAUAUAAUAUAUAUUUUAUUAAAUUAUAUUUUGUACAUGUUAAGUUUUAAAAAUGAUUUACCAAAUUAAUUAAAACUAAACAAAUAUCUAGGGAAUACAAAUUAACCAAAAAAAAAAAAAAAAUAGAGGGGAUAAGAGCCUGGCGAGUGUCGAGUCACUGUGUCCCUCCUGAGCUCAUAACUCGCGCUGCCAUGGAGUCAACCUUGCUCGCAGCACAAUCAACAAUGUCUCUUGCAGCAGUCUCCAAAUCGCUAAAGUUCAAUUCGUUUCCGUUAGUUUCUCACUCCCAGUUCCGUUUCUCUGCGAACCAGGCGAGCCAAUUCGUGUUUCUGAGUCGGCUUGCUCGGGCCCGUCUCAGAUCGAUUUAUUCGGGGAGGAGCUUGGUGUCGGGAGAUUUGAAUCGCGCUCGAUGGGAACUGCGGUGUAUCUCCAGCUCUGCGGAAAGUGCGGCUCCCUUUGCUGCGGGAGAUGGAGGAAACGGUGGUUUUCGUGGAAGUGAGGGCGGCGGUGGCGGUGGAGGCGCGCCGGAGGGGGGCGAGGAGAAUCCUAAUGUGAUUGCAGCCGCCGGAGAAGAUGCGUCUGCUUUAUCUUCUGAUGUCAUCAUACUUGACGUCUCUGGAAUGACAUGCGGAGGAUGCGCCGCAAGGGUGAAAAGGAUUUUAGAAAGCCAACCACAUGUUUCUUCAGCUAGUGUUAAUCUUACUACAGAGACAGCAGUUGUAUGGCCUGUAUCUGAAGCAAAAGCUGUUCCUAACUGGCAAAAGCAGUUGGGGGAGGAACUUGCAAAACAUUUGACAAGUUGUGGAUUUGAAACCAAUAUCCGAGGGGAGGGAGCUAUUGAAGGAGAAACCCCAUCAUGAAAUCAAAGAUUUAAUUGUAAUGAGAAACCAUUCUCCUUCAUGGUGACUUGGCGGCUAGUAGUGGUGAUUUUUUUGAAGGAAGACAUUGAUGAACUCGGGAAGCCUAUGCAUUAUGGACAAGUAGAGAAAUUUUUACGAAUUUAAGUCAACAAAACCUAUCGCUCCCACUGAAUGGUUUUCUGUUUUGAAAUGUUAGACACUUUCUAGCUCAUGAUGGGCAUGCUGUCUUGUCCAUCACCUUUCUUAUUUUGUUCUCCAGUGUAGUGGCUGAAUAAUACUUCCUACAUUCGGUAGCUACUUGUGAGUGUAAUUCUCUUGUUGUAUCACUUGUAUGUGCAAUCAUUUGAAGCAUGUUUUCUGUGAAACCUUUGGAACAUCUUGAUAUACGGACGUCCUUCUCAUCGUGGUUAUUUACUGUUCUA